CACCUCCGACCGAGUUGUGACGUUUGGAAGGUAAAAUUGCUAGUGGAGAAAUUCUAUAUCCUUAUUCGCACGACUCGCCUGCUAAGGAAUAUUUGUCAUAGUAACGAGGAUUACGACUGGACGUACGAGGCAUUUCCCUACCAGUAGCACUCUAUCACCCACUUGUGUGACAUCUUAAUCAUGGCUAAUCCUGGUGGGAAUGUGCCUUGUCGACCUCGUUCAUCUAUUAUGGGGGGGCUUCAGCAGUUUACUAAUGCCUUAAUGAAUGCCCUUCCGGGUCAUAGACCGAAUCGGUCGUAUAUAGAAAUUGCCAGAAGCCACGGAGUUACUGAUUUAACAACUGUGGGGAAUGGUCAGGAGGCUGAGCAAUGGUUGGAGAAAAUGGAGGAUACUCUAGAGGCGAUGAAGUGUCCUUUAAAUGAGUGGGCGAGUACUGCAGGAUUCUUCAUCCAGGGUGAUGCUAGAAGUUGGUGGAGAACAGCGAGGGAUUCCCGUCCACCUGGUUCUUGGAUGACCUGGACUGCCUUCCGAAAACGUUUUAUUGCUUAUUUUCUAAGCCCCAGCUACAGAUUGAGGAAGAGGCAGGAAUACUUAGAGUUCCGACAGGGUGAUCUCAGCAUUACAAAGUUCGACAGCACUUUCAGGCGUUUGUCUAGACACCAUGAUGGGACGUAUGAUAAUCCUCAGUCACGGUUAGAGCAGGCGUUAAUUGCACUGAAUCAGGAGUACCGUACACUGGUGGCUGCACAGAGACCUAGAACCUAUGAGGAUGCAAUCGAAAUAAGUCUCAGCAUAGAACAGUCUAAGUGGGAUACUGAGAUGCAGGAUCAGCCACAGACUUGGAUCCAACCCCCGAGACAGAGCAGGCAGCGGAGUCAGAAUCAGAGGAAUCGGAAUUCGGUCGCGGAAUACCAGAGAAGUAGCGGGCCCUUCCAGUUCUGUGGGCCCUAG